AUUGUACUAUAUUGUAGAUAUUAUAUUGUAUUGCAUUGUAUUACAUUUGAUUGUAUAUAUUAUUUUAUAUUGUUUUGUAUAUAUUAUAUUAUGUUAUAUUAUAUGUAUUACAUUACAGAAACAUAAUUUUAUCUCUUCUAUUAUAUUAUACUACUUUGUAACGUAUUGUAUAAUAGUAUAUCAUUUAAAAUAUAUUAUAUUAUAUUAUAUUAUAAACUGACAGUAAAUUUUACAUCCUUCUGACUCCUCCCUCUUUGUGUACGUCAUUACACACAACGCUCGGAUUGGCUGUUGUCUUCGUGGCCUGGCAACCAGUGGAGGCUUUAAUAAACAGAUCCCAGCAGCAGAUGCUAAUCGAGCUAGCAGCGUCUUUAGCCUCUUCUGUUUUCUGGAGACAUACAAACGUCCAUCAUGUCUUCACGGACACUGCCGCUGCUCUUCAUCAACCUCGGCGGGGAGAUGCUGUACAUCCUGGACCAGCGGCUCCGAGCCCAGAACAUCCCCGCGGACAAGGCUAAGAAAGUUAUGAAUGACAUCAUCACCACCAUGUUCAACAAAAAGUUCCUGGAGGAGCUUUUCAAGCCUCAGGAGCUUUACUCUAAGAAAGCCCUGCGGACUGUGUUUGACAGGCUGGCCCACGCGUCCAUCAUGAGACUCAAUCAAGCCAGCAUGGACAAGCUGUAUGACUUGAUGACCAUGGCCUUCAAGUACCAGGUGCUGCUCUGUCCCAGGCCGAAGGACAUCCUCUUAGUGUCCUUCAACCACAUGGAUGCCAUCAAGGACUUUGUGAAAGACACUCCCAGCAUCCUCGGCCAAGUGGAUGAGACUUAUCAACAGCUCAUAGAGAUGUAUACGCCCAUGUGUAGCGGGGAAUUCCAGCUGAUCAGACAAACUCUUCUGAUCUUCUUCCAAGACAUGCAUAUACGGGUGUCCAUUUUCCUAAAGGACAAAGUACAGAAUUCGAAUGGCCGCUUUGUACUUCCCAUCAGUGGCCCCGUGCCUCAUGGAACACAAGUCCCAGGCUUGAUAAGGAUGUUUAGCUGCACGGGGGAAGAAGUGAACAGGCUGAAGUUCACUAAUGGAGGAAACUACGCUGCUGCUACUCGGGAAGGAUCUUUUGAGAUAUUUGGAGACAGGGUCACCAAACUAGGCACAAACAUGUACAGUGUCAGCCGUCCAGUGGAAACCCACAUGUCAGGAACAUCAAAAAGUUCAGCUCAGAAGACUAAGCAGGUCAAUGCUGCUCCCAACCCUCUGGCCAAGGAGGAGCUGAAUCUGUUGGCAAAAUUAAUGGGACGGUUAGAAGAGCCGAAUCCAGGAAACGCAGACAGCGGUUUCCGAGUCAACCUCUUUGCCACCGAUGAGGAAGAAGAAGAGGCGUUAAUAUCAAGACCCGAUGAGCUUUCAUAUGGCGUCCUUAAAAUCCAAGCAACAAAGGACCUACAGGCCAAUGCUGAGCUGGCCAAGAUCAUGGGAGAGUUCACAGUGUCGGGAGAUCAGUCUCCCAGCGCCAGCAGCAAAGGAGAUGACCUUCUUGCCAUGAUGGACGGUCUGUGACCAGCACCUCCACAGAAAUGCCCAUGGGAUGGAGAAUAAUGCAUCGCUGGCUGUCUGCUCUUCUGUAGACCAGUAUACUGUCCGAACCUGCAACAACACCACAGGAACCUCAUGUACAGCCAGAAAAACCUUCUUGUUUGGGUGGUUUUAAAAUGCAGCUCUGAGGUGUGUCACCCUACUGUCUAUGAUCCACAUCUGAUUUGCAUAGAUAACCCAGAGGAGCAUUCAAAGGGUGCAUACCCCCACCAAGGGCCCUAUCUCGCAAUCUUAAGAAAGGGAUUAAAAACUCCACCCUCCACCCUUUGUCCGGAUCCAAGCUAAAACAUUUCAGCGGCUGAUAAAAACCCACUCUCUCAUAAAAACAGAUUUAGAUCAUGGAUUAUUCUGUUACAGUGUAAAGAGGAAGUUUAUUUACUUCUGCUGUAUUCGCAUGAUGAAAUGAUGAAGGAGGGGGGGACCCAGGUGCUAUGUCUAUCAUGAUUGGAAUUCCCACAAAACUUUAUUUUGAUAAAAAAUAUAUUUAUGUAACAUCAUCCUGUCCUACCUUAAAAUGGUAAGAGAAUCAGCUUGUAAGACAUUUUCCACCACGCCGUGAUGUCUCUGAAUGUUCAGAAAUGGUCUCAUUGAUGGGUACUUGAUUAUAAUAGAGAAAAAUGCAAUAUAAAGAACGGUGUAAUAUGUAAAUAUGUUAAUUGCAUACUUUAUUUAUUUCUAUGUGUAAUUUUCUGUGUAUAGAGGAGUGCAUAUUGCUGCAAUUGUCAAAUUGUUGAAUGUGCAAUGUCGGAUUUUUAAUAAAUUGUUGAAUAAA